CCAAGCCUCCCGGAAGUAUUCGAACUACCACAUGCGCUGGAACAUAAACUACAAAUUUCAAAACGUUGGAGCGCAAUAGUUUUGGCCACAGUAAUACGAAGAACAGUUAAUACCUUGAUCCCCAAAUGUUAAAACAAUGGUAGUCUUUUCACACUAUCAAGGAAACGUAAUGCGGUCACUGUAUUUAUUCUAUAAAGAGUCGUAUAUGUGUGACAUGACCCUCAGAGCCAAAGAUGGUGAGAUGAAAGUUCACAGUUUAGUUCUUGCAGCAGGCAGUGAAAGUUUCAAAGCAAAGAUUUCAAGGAAUCGUAAUUCAAGGAUUUUGUGGCUGUCUGACCUGGCAAUAAGAGAACUGGAGAUGGUUGUGAAAGUUAUUUAUACUGGUGAACUACUACCACAAGAUACAAAUACAACCAACCUGAAAAUAUUAAAAGACUGGAACGUAAUCAGUGAGGAGGAGAUGAAUGCCACUGAUCAUUCGUCAGAUCAGACUAACAUUACUAUGUAUGCAAACAUUCAAUGUGAUGCUGUUAAAGAGGAGUAUGUUCUUAUAGACUCUCAAACUGCUAAGAACGAUCCUGCUGCAACCUUACAAGAUCAGACAAUUUCAGAUGUCAGGUAUAACAGAUCUAAUGAGUCUUUACAAGUGACUAGGAUAAGUCCGACAACAAAGGAGUUGUCCACUUUCGUCAAAUUUAUGCCAGAUAAUUGACAAGGAAAAUGUAACUGUUAGUGUUCAGAGCAUGCCAAGUGUGUUCGUUACAGGCACUAUGAGUGAAAAUAACAGUGAAUUUAAUUUACAUCAAAUUAAUGUUCAGCAGAAAAAACCCACAGAGUUUGGAAUAGCAAAAAAUGUGCAAUACAUCUGAAGUGGAUAGUGAACAAAAAUCAGUUGAUGAUAGUGUGAAGAUGGAAAGCAGUAGUGUGUACAUAAAGUUGACAGAUGAUGGAAAGUUGGAUUGCAGUGAUGUUGAUAUUGUACAAGAGGCAUACAAGACAGCCAUGGGUCUGGUUCCAACAGGCACCGAUGGCGCUACAUCGGCAGACAGUCAGGAAGGACAGGUUACAUCAGGUGUUACUGUCAGCACCUCUGUUGACGCCAUUAGGAACAUUGCGGACAACACUGAUGUAGAAGAUUCUUUGAAUCAUGAGUGUGGGAUUGUCACUGACGAUGCUCCCAGGGUUGAUACCCACAGAUGCGAUAAAGGAAAAGUUGGAAUUGUCGAAGAGGAAGGUGUUGUCUGUGGGUUGAGAUCAAGAAGUGGAAAAAGGAUUCCAAAAAUUUGGAAGAGCCUUGGCAUAGAUAACGAUGAAUGUCCAGAUUUGGAAGAGGAGAGAGGUAAAAGAAUUCGAAAUAGCAAACACAAAGGUAAGGAGGGAAAGGUGAAGUGUUCAAGUUCCUCCAGUGUUGGGUGUAAGCCAGACAGCAGGGUUGGACAGUGUGAGGUCUUGGAGAAGGGGCGACACACCUGGUAUGGAUGCCCAGAGUGUGGACACCAGUUCAAGAGUCUGAAGCUUGUGGCUGGUCACAGAUACUCUAAACACAGUGUAGCCUUUGACCCCAGCCAGUUCCAGGUGCUCAAGUGUCAGGACUGCGACUACGAGACACUGGAGGUGCACCGUCUUGAGUCUCAUCGUGCGACGUCUCACUCCAGCACGAGACCCUAUGUGUGUGAGUGGUGUGGCAAGGACUUCAAGCUACUGGGGUCUUUGACGCUACACACAAACACACACACUCGGGCACGGAGGUUCCAUUGCCCCCUCUGUGACAAGGUCUUCUCGCAGCAUGGUGCCAGGAAGAGGCAUGUUGAGGAGAAACACAGGAGGUCUCAUUCCCAUCUGUGUGAUGUAUGUCCAUUCUCCACGCUGGACAGAGUGACCCUCGUCCAGCACAAGUACACCAAACAUUCCACGCCCUUGCCUCCAGGGUACACCAUGUAAGUUGUACCCCCAUCUGUGUGUCCAUUCUCCACGCUGGACAGAGUGACCCUCGUCCAGCACAAGUACACCAAACAUUCCACGCCCUUGCCACCAGGGUACACCAUGUAAGUUGUACCCCCAUCUGUGUGUCCAUUCUC